AUGGAAGGAACUCGUAGUGGACGAGGCCGGGGCCGUGGACAUAGGCAACCCUUGAAUGAAGGGGGAAAUAGGGAACCAAUGCUUGAACCCAACCCUGAACCUGGAGUGGAUCCUAACGUCCAGGUAGCUGUUGCUAUCCAGCGCAUGACUGAUCUUUUAGCUCACGUAGUCGAGCAUCAGGGCCAAAACCCUACUCCUCAACCUGGAAACCCUGAGUUCAACGCGAAGUAUUUCCCACCCCUAAUUCAAGAAAAGAAAGAAGAUGAGUUCAUUAGGCUUCGCCAGAGAGCUCAGACUGUCGCCGAAUAUGAGAGCCAGUUCACUAGGUUGUCGAAGUUCGCUCCCGAGCUGAUCGUGACUGAGCAAAGGAGGAUAAGGCAUUUUGUCCAGAGCUUAAAUGUUGAGAUUCAGAAGGAUCUGGCUGUAGCCCAACUGAGUGCCUUCAGUGACGUGGUGGAAAUAGCUCAACGAGUUGAAAGCGCGAGGUUGCAAGUUAGAACAUUUCAGGCGAAGAAAAGAGCUAUUCCUGGAAGUAGCAUGGGACAAAAGGAUACGAGUACACCUCCCAAGCUCGGAAAGGGAACUGGAGGGUUAAGAUUUCCUGGAAUGUCAAGUGAUGCUUCACAGAGAGGCUCGGGCUCUGCUUCCCAUGGUCCCUGCGGGUACUGUGGAAAGCCGAAUCGCACGGAGGAUGUCUGCUGGAAAAAAGGAAGAAAAUGUCUACGUUGCGGGAGCGCAGAUCAUCAAAUCGCUAAUUGCCCAGGCAGAUCUCGAGAAGGGAGUGGGAAUCGACAAUCAAUCAAGACCAACUCUAACCUGUCGAAGGGCGAAGGGACUGGACCAAAGGUGUCGACUCGGGUGUAUUCCCUAGAGUCACAUCAAGCCCCUGACCCGUCUGCGGACGUAGAAGGUACGAUCCGCCAUUUACGUUAG